UGAAUUUUGAACUUCAAAGUUCUUAAAAAUUCUUUCAAUUAAGUUUUUAACAAUUAAAAAUGUAUAAAAUAAUAAUAAUCUCAUCAGUCUUCAUUCUCACAUUCCUCAAUGUCUAUGAUUCAGUACACAUCGAAUGCAAUUACGGGAUUCUUGGUUUAUGGGCAGUUGGCAACAAAUAUCGCUGCUCUGUCGACAAUCAUCUCUUUAUUGACUCACCAGAAAAAGCACAGAUUGAUGACAUAUCAGGAACUCACAUGAAUGGAAAAGACAAUAAUGAUGAAAUUUAUUUUCACAUUCGAUCUAAAGCUGUGCAGUACUUGCCUCGUGGAUUGGAAAAGUUCUUCAAAAAUGUCACUGGAAUCGCUGUUUGGUAUGAUCUUCUAAAAGAAAUCCAUCAAUUUGAUUUUAAGCCAUUUAAAAGUUUGGAAUGUGUCAACAUUUUUGAAUCUAAAAUUGAGAUUAUUGAAGAAAAUAUUUUCGAUUACAAUCCAAAUUUAAUAGCUGUGUCUUUUGGAAAAGCUAACAUCUUUCACAUAGGAUCAACAGUUUUUGAUCAUCUGUCAAAAUUAACUUCAUUACAUUUAGGAGGCAACACGUGCAUUAAUGAGUUCAAAGAAAAUAAUCGAGCAGGUGUCGAACAAAUUAUAAGAAAUAUAAAACUUAAUUGCAUUAGCUCGGAAUUCUUAAAUUUUGAUAAGAAACUUAAAAUUCUUGAAAAUUCUGAAAAUUUGAAAGUUGAUUUAAAUAAUUUUGAAACUGAAUUUAGAACUUCAAAAUUUGCAAGCUGCUUACCAUUGAAUCUAAGACUCUUGAAAAUAAAAGACCACACAAAUGAUGAAAUGACACCAACUGACAAACUUAAGAUUGCAGCAACAACAGCAACCACAGUAAGUUUAAACUGCUCAGAAAGUCAGAAUUGGACAGAAACGUAUCAAAACCAAAGCAUUAUUGAUGACUUGCAAAUCAAAAACUUUGAAAAUUUGAAAUAUUUAAGAACUUUAACUGAAGAUAUUAAGGCAUCACAAUUUAGGUUAUUUACUGCUUGUAACAGUCAAUCUAUAACAGAUAAUAACACAUUUAAUGAAAAACUUAUCCGAUUAGAGUUUAAAUUGACAACUUUUGGAGAAAAAUUUAAAAAGCUUGAGGAAAAUCUGAAGGAACUAAAUAUGAAAAUUGAUAAUUCAAAUAUUAUUGAAAUUGAAAAGAAAAUGAUUGAAAAAAUUGGGUUAAUAAUUGAAGAAAAAUUUGAAAAAUUGUUAAAAGCUCUGAAAGUCAACAGUGAACUCAACUCUAUAGAGUUUUAAAUUUCAGAAUAUUUUAAUCUAAAAAGUUAAAUCAGCAACAUAAUUUUUGCAGAAUUAUCGAAAAAUCACAAAAUUUUAAACUAAAAAAAUUUCCAAUUGAUUUGUCACUGCAUCCGCAUUUCACGGCAUCUAUUCUAUUUAUCCAGUUAUGAUAAUACGUAAAAUAAGCAGAAAUAGUUGAAAAUUGAAAAAAAAAUCAUAAAAUUAAAUCAAUUAUUGAAUUUGGCUUAAAUAUUUUUCAGAAAAUACUUUUUAAAUACAUUUUACACACAGUCAUCAUUAUUGAGGCUUUAUGAAUGAAAUGAAUAGGAGCUUAAUAUACAAAAUUGAUUUCAUGCAGAUAAUGCAUGAGAAUUUGCAUAUUUUUUUGAUAAUUGUGUAUUCGGUGAGUGGUGCUUAAAGUGCAAAUUUUGAGUUGUUGCUGAAUAAAUUUAUCACAUCAGUUUGGAGGUAUCGGAACUUGAAAAAGUGUUUUAUAUUAGUCAAUGCUGCUCAAAUUAUUAAAGUUUUUAACUUUAAAGAUUUUUUAAACAUUUUCUGACUUUUAUACUUGAAAAAAAAAAUCUUUUGAGCCCCUAAUUUGCUAAUUUUGUCCUCGCUAAUCAAUGAAAAAAAAAAAUAUUAAAAUUCAUGACAGUUUUCAGCCUAAAUCCAUAUUCAUAAAUGAAUCACAUCCCUCAACAAAUCGGAACCUCAGCAUAUAUCAUUAUUUUAAAAAAAUUAUUUUAUCCUUAAAAAAUCAAUUUCACAAAAAAAAAUAAAAUUAAAAUUAAAAUACAGCAAAGUGAUUAUUUUAUUAAAUGAUAUGUGACAUCCACAUUCACAAAUUUCUGUGUUUUUUUGGUAUUUUUAUUUUAAUUUUAUAGAUACAAAAAAAAACCUGAAGAGAAAACCUUUUUCUGUCGGCACAACAUUGAUGAUAUGAAUGCGGUGAAAAAUGUGCUUUUGCGGAUAGACUGCAAUCACAUGCAGAUAGCUUUCCUAUAUAAUAUUGUAUUAGAUUGAAACAAAAGUCUUUUUCAUCCAUGAUAAAUAAAUUGUUGUUAGAAGUUCUGAAGGUACGGG